GUUGCUAAGUUAAUUGUCGUGGGUUAAACAAAAUACGUGCACGAAACGGGUAAAAAAUCGUGAAUUAUUCUUCGUUUGGUACUGUAUUUGUGUUUGUAUGAAUGAAAAGUGUUGAAAUAUAUAUAAUUGGUGGGCAAAAACAGUAUUAAGUGGACAAUUGUAUCGACAUCUCAUUGUUUUGAAAGAAGAAAGGACUAAAGUGCGUCCCUUGGAAAAUAAACGGAGUUCAGCGAGUUGGUUUUCAUGUGUCCUGAGACGCGGCUAUGAUCAGCCGGUGAGCUCUCUGCAGAUUCCCCUCGGUCGGUUGAGUCCCUGCUGCAGUCAAGCUGCUGUCAUGACGCUGCACUGGUGGAUGCACUGGUUCUGGGUGACAGCGCUGCUGACCCUCCAUGCGAGCAGCGCACGAGCCGCGGCUGUUCCACAGUCAGAAGAGCUCCAACACAUCACCACCGACACAGAGACCGACCACCGGCCAUCAGACCGCCAGGGAAGAGCCAUGUACUUCUCCAAAUCCAUCGCCACCACGCCCAGACCCGUCCUCAACGUCACAGAACCAGAGAACAAAGAAGAAAUAGACAUCCUUGCAAACGCAACAACCCCAAACACAACUGAAAUAGUCCACCCCUCAAUACAAUGGACCGCUGUCAAUACAUCAGAAAACGACACCAGCAUAGAACAGAAUGCUUACAACAGCACCAACGUUACUAACGUCACAGUUCUACCAGUAAACACAAAUUUGACAGAGACGCAAAACGCAACUGUUGUUAAAAAGAAGAAUCUGACAAGACCGGACUUCGUGAAAGACGAGACAAGUAUACAGGAGGGGGUGUCGGAGAGUAGGAUUGUAACUGAGAAGCCGUUGUCUUUGGAGACGACGUUUCUGCAGACGAGGAUACCUCCGAACAUAGAGCUGUAUAGGCGGGUAGCGGAUACAGGAGACGGUGGCAUGGACACGGGUGCGAUAGCUGGUAUAUCGUUCGCCGCGUUGGUGCUGGCGGCGCUGGCUGGGAGCACAGCCUUCGUGCUGUACAGGAGAAGAUACCUCAACAAACCCCAAACCCUGAAUGACAAAUGUUCGAACCCAGAUUCGAGUGGAUACCUGGAUGAUAGCACUAUUCGGGAUAAUUCGGAAGAGAUGUACAGUCUCGACAACGACUCGUUCCUCAACUCGUUGGAGGCCAUGACAAUCCAGAACUACUGGACUGACACCGUUAAACACACCAAGCUAUAAAACAACCCCACAACCUGCGGGGCCUUACGAUGAUGAAGAUAAGAUACUCAUACAAAGUGGCGUUCCGCAAGGUACCGUGUUAGGGCCGGCCAUUCUUAAUUUCUAUGAAAUCGAUAAACCCAACGUUCAAGACUGUAAAUUUAUCAAUAAUAACAGUUCAAGUUGUCAAGGAGUUUGGGCAAACUUUGUUAACUUUUAAACUGAAAGGGAUAUUCUUGUCAACGCUUAUCCUGAAACUAUUUAAGACUACAAUAAUGACAAUGUGCGUAUUAUUGUGACUAAACCUUCAUGACCUAUAAUCGCUAAUUGACAGACGCCGUGACAAUUUUUAGAUGAGUUCUGCUAUAAUGUGUAAAGAGUGCUAAUAUUAAAAUGCGUUCCAAACCAUUGAUUGUACCGGAAAGUGGUGAACAAUAUUAUGAUUAUGUUGUUAACACUUUUUGAUACGGUAACAAGUCAAGUUAGCAACAGUGAAAAAUGCGAAUUAAAUAAAGUGUCUUUCGCGUAUUUUUCCCGUGGAAAAAAUCAUUUACAAUCUCUACAUUUUGUAAAUGUAGAAGGGAAGGAACACCACACCACACUAUUAUAAUUCUUAUUACCUUAAGCAAAAUAUUCAGUUACUGUUUGUCAUUCUUUAACUAUCGUUACCGAAUGAACUAUAGAAACCAGACCAGAAAAAGCGCAUUUGAAAUAUUUGUCACCCGCUCUAUCUAAUUUUACAAAGGGGAUGAAAAAGGCCAGAUCGAAGCAAUUCAUCUAAAAAGCAAUAUAUCAGUUUGACAUUUGCGCAUAUAAAAACAAGUGCGCGAUGCAAACAAUAUCCAAAUGUCAAAUUGCAAUAUUGCUUUACUAGAUGAAUUGCUUCGAUGUGGCGUUUUUAAACCCUAAGAAAUGAACUCCAGAUAUUUUUUCUUUAUCGCCUUCCAAUCGGUAUAACUAUGACAAAAAGUCGCGAUAUACUUAUAAUCUAACUAGUACAUUUGAAAGUGAUUAAAUAUGACAUUCAGUAUCAAACGAUGCAAGGAUUUGACAUUACUUAAUUAGUAUUUAAAGGUAAAAGUUUUAAUGUAAUUAAAAAUGAAUAUUUUAAUAAAUCGAUGUGAACUAAUUUAUAUUAGAAUUGUAUGUCUUUGUAAAUAGUACCUAUAUUGUUGUGAUAGUAUUUUUUGUUACAACUAUUUUUGUAAUUGCACUGUGUUUCCCAGUAGAUUUAUUAUUUUUAAUAUCACAAAUUGAUUUUACGACAUAUUGUUUGAUUUGCCUAGAAGUUUGGUUCCGAUUAGGCUUAAAUGUUUGUAAUUGUAAUUUAAAUUAAUUCAAAUUUGACUUACUAGUUAGUCCCUGUAAGUUGAACCAAAAUGAUGAUUUAUUUUCUAUGUGCGUCCAAUUAUGAGUUUUGUAUACAAUUCAAAAAAUAACAGUUAUUACUUGUAGAAAUAAGGAUGUGAUCUCAAUAUAAUAUCAUUUUAAUGUGGAUAGACGUGGAAAUGUUAUAAAAUUAGCUUUAAAGUUCCGGUAUUCUUCUCUGUACUAUUGUAUGUUUAUAAUAAUGUAUCUUUGUGUAAUAAUUACCCUCAGUAAUUCGUGUUUAACGGGUUUUUUUAGUAUGCAUAAUAAUUAUUUCAUUAUCCUAAGGCAACUUCACCAUACAGCCUUGUCUGAGUUGCUCUGUUCCAUUUUUGAUUUUUUAUCUUUAAAUAAGGCAAAGGCUUAAAGUCUGCCAUUUCUUCGUUACGUUAAUCCAUUUUUUCUUUCGUCAAGAUGUGAUUUUAAUGUCCGUCCAUGAUUUGAUUUCGUUUUGAAUUAUAUUUUGCAUUUAUAACUCGAUUUCUUCUAUUUUGAGAAUUUGUUGCGAUUUUUUUUUAUUCAUAUUCUGUGUUUAUCUUGACGUUGAGUAUUUGAUCAUAUUAAAUAUGGAUUUUAUAUAAGAAAACUUUAUUGAAUGUAAUCUGAUAAUCACCCCAUAGCUUCUUAAGGGUCAGUGACGGCAAUUAUUAUUGUAGACGUUAAAUUGUUUGGUGUGAUUGGAAAUAAUAAUGAAAUUAAUGCCGAUAAACACCCCUUAUAGAUCGCAUGUGAAGUAAUUUACUUAAUUACUUAAUUUAAGGCCUAUACUUACAAAUGUAAAAUUAAUCAUUUCCAAACGUACCUAAUAGGUGCCUAAUGUGUUUGGUUAAACAUGUACUUAAAGUAAAAAAAAACAUUUUUUAUUUCUCCCGGUAACAUUCACAGAUAUGCAAACAAUGACAGACAUUCCUGUAUUUUUUAUAGUUUUUUUUAAAUCACUAUGUUUGGAUUUUUCUUGUGUGGAGUGUCCCAUUUUCACCAUACUACGACUUUUCAAUUGUGAAACUACGUACACUUAGCUUUAUAUACAACUGUCAUAUCAACCUGUGUAAACUUUCCUCGAAAUGUAAAUAAAGAGUAAAUUAGACGUAUUUUGUGUGAAGUAUAAUGAUAUUGUUAUGUAUCGAGUCAAACGACAUUUUAUCAGCGCUUGAUCGCACUUUCCUAUACUUCUAUCCUUUUCUGUUACUCAGAACCGUCAUUUGCUAGAGCGAGAAAGCAAUCCCAAGCGGCAGAGUCGAAAAGCGUGCGGCCCCUCUCUCUCGCUCUACCAAAGAAAAGGAUAGAUAGCUGACAAAUGUGGUGUCAACCUAAACUCUUUUACUGUGGCACAUUAUGUAUGUCUUUUAGGAUUCUCUUGUUAUUCAAUUCAAGAGAACUUACCUGCAACAUAGUUUCGACAGCGCUAAUCCAGUAACGAAGAAUAAACCAAUCACGUAGGAACUAAUAAACACUAAAUCGCGACCUAAAAUUAACGCGUUUUCGUGAUCCGCUCUUUAAUGAUGUCCAAAGUAUGUUGUAUACUCGUAACAAAACUAGCCAUAGCAUGUUACACGAAUAUCGCAAGCAACUCGAUAACCAAAUCGGCCAAGUCCAUUGGCUACGCGAUAAAUGGGCCAAUAGAAUUGACUUAUAAUAUAUCGAGUUGCGCGCGAUAUUCGGGUGCCGUGCUAUGGUUUCUGUCUUAGACGAAACGAAAACCCCCUAAUCGUGUAUAGUAAAUUACUAUAAUCAACACGGUUUGUGAAACGAUGUUAUUUUAAUUAUAGUAGAAUAGUAAUAAAUCUAUUUUUACUUGCA